UUUGGUCCCACAGGGAUCAUGAUGAUUGAGCUCUACACGGCCAAGCAUGGCCUCCUGGAUUUCCACAGCAUCGCCGGUCCACCAGAAAUCUUGAAUGAACUUAACUCUUUCAUUCAAGAAAUCGAAAACUACUUAGGUUACUAAUCCAGGGGGAAAAAUCGGAUCUUUGUCAUAAAAUUCAACAAUAAUGUCUCUUUCGCUCUGCUUCACCCAAGCAAUCCACCACUCCAAACCCUCCACUCAAAGAAUCCCACUCCACAAACCUCUAAAAGGCCAUAACAGAAUCUCUGUCAGGCCAAGAAACCCCACAUACUCGAGAUUUUCCUGUAAUAUCAACCAUCGAGGUGUUGGUGAAAACUUUGAGAACUUAGCUGGAGGAGUUGUACCUCCUGAGAAGGCCAGAUGGGAAGAUUGGCUGGCCGCUGCUGCUAGCUUGUACCCUCUCUAUGUGACUGUUGGUGGGGUGGUGGCCUUUUUUAGACCCACCACUUUUUCCUGGUUUGUGAAUUUGGGCCCAACCUCUUAUAGCUUAACUCUUGGGUUCAUAAUGCUGGCAAUGGGGAUUACGCUGGAGCUCAAAGAGUUGAUUAAUUUGUUCAGGCAAAGGCCGUUAUCGAUUCUCUACGGGUGUGUUGCUCAAUACACAAUAAUGCCUGCUUUUGGAGUGAUUGUUAGCAAGUUGUUGGGGCUUUCACCUUCACUGUCAGUUGGUUUAAUAUUACUAUCAUGUUGUCCAGGCGGAACAGCAUCCAAUGUGGUAACUUUAAUAGCUCAAGGAGAUGUCCCACUGUCAAUUGUAAUGACGGUAUGCACCACACUUGGGGCUGUGAUUCUUACCCCUCUCCUGUGUAAGAUCCUUGCUGGAACUUAUGUUCCUAUUAACGCAGUUAAUCUUUCCAUGAGCACUUUACAGGUGGUAGUUGCUCCAAUUCUGUUAGGUUCUUAUCUGCAGAGCAUGUUUCCUAAAUAUGUGAAACUAGUGACUCCUUUUGCCCCACUGCUAGCUGUUCUAUCUUCCUCAUUGCUUGCUUGCAGUGUAUUCUCAGAAAAUGUUGCUCGUCUGAAGUCCUCGGUUUUUGGUGCAUCAUUAUCAUCCGAUCUUUCUCCAAUUCAUCGUGCUCAAGCUAUGAUUUCAGGAGAGUUGGGUGCUAUAGUACUCUCAGUUCUAUUGCUGCACUUUGCAGGUUUUUUUGUUGGGUAUAUAUCUGCAGCUUUUGGUGGAUUUAAGGAGCCACAACGGCGUGCAAUAUCGAUUGAAGUUGGCAUGCAAAACUCGUCUCUAGGGGUUGUGUUAGCCACGUCACAUUUCAGCUCGCCCAUGGUGGCAUUACCUUCGGCUAUAUCAGCAGUAGUUAUGAAUAUAAUGGGCAGCAGUUUGGGUUUCUUGUGGAGGUACAUUAAUCCUUCUGUCACUAAGGAUUUCUCAUAAUGUUGCUCAAGAUUGUGAUUUUACUCCAUGGGGAAUAGUUUAUCUGCCAUUUGCUGCCAUUUUUUUUUCUUUGUUUAUUUUGCUUUAUUCCUUUUCCCGUUUUGUCAUGAAUAAUUUUUCUUCUUCUCCUUUUUUUUUGGUGGAUUUGAGUUAGUUACUGAACUACCCUUGUGGUUUAGCCUAAACCUAAUCAUGGAAGGGCCUAUUUAUUGUGUAUAAUUACAUAUGCCAUUGCCACCCUGUGCGGGGGAUGGACGUGUAAGUUAUGAAGAUGCAUGUGAUGAAGAUGGACAAAUGCUGUUGAAAUAGGAAGAGAAUUGAGGUGAACAUGUUUUUGGCCUCUUUCUUCCUUUCCCUUUCCUUUUUCCUUUGUUUUUCCGCCGACCGGAAUUAGAUUUUUUAAUAUUAAAGGAGUCGGAGAAAAAAAAAAAUGAUGCAUUUACUAUCAAAACCUCCUCCAUCACCUAUUCGUUUUGUUAUUAUUAUUAUUUUCUAAAAAAAUGAUGCAUUGCAAAUGGAG